GUCAGAAUGCACCGAACUGGAGAGUGAUGAAGAGAUAGAAUCAGAACCAGAAGAAGACGUGGAAGAAUGGGUAGAAUCGGUGGGCUACAUUCGACGGUGUGCACUGCUGUGUGGCCUGCCUGCCGAUCUGUGGGAUGCGUCUCAUGACGAGAAGAUUGCCACUUUCCUGAAAGACGAGACCCGCCCCAUGAUCACAUUCUUCGUGGAGACGGACCAGGAGCACCACAAGAUUUUAACGGCUCUGUUCGGCGCGCCGAUCCAACAGGUGGAUGAGGUGAUAUACUUCCUGAAGCGACCCAGCGCGCCACCUGUCUUAAGCGACCUUAACUACCGGGGCAAGGUGGCAUGGGGUAACAUGAAGGCUCCCUUUCUGGAGUCGCUGCUGAUCCGGAUGUCCUCCCUGUACAUGCCGUACUUCUUGGAUGACACCACAUGGCCGGACAGCAUCCGGAAAGAUUUUUCCGGGAAGCUGCACCGGUUUAUGGCCUACCUGACGGACGCUCGGUACAAGGCCAUAGGCCAGACGGUACUGUACAUCCCCUCCGAGGACCUGUCCCGCCCCGUAGAGGACAUGGCGAAGGACAAGGAUCUGGUGGAAAGGUUGGAGGCGGCGAUGGUGCACUGGAUCCGCCAAAUCAAGGAGAUGCUGAGCAGCUUGGACUCGAUCGAGAUGCCAGAAAAAGCCGGCCCGCUGGACGAGAUUCACUUCUGGAACGAUCGCUGUAAGGACCUGUCAGGCGUUAAGGUACAGCUGGACAGCGUGGUGGUGAAGAAGAUGAGCGAUGUUUUGGAGCACGCGAAGUCUUCUUAUAUCGGCCGUUUCAACCGGCUGGCCCACGAAAUCCAGGACGGGUCACAGCAGGCCGAGAGCAACAAACACUACCUGAGCCUGCUGCAGGAGCCAUGCGAGGAGCUCAGCAAGUCAUCGCCGGACGAGAUGGCCGGCCAGCUGGAGCACGUGCUCACUCUGAUACGCGUUGUGUGGAACAACUCGCCGUACUACAACACCAGGGAGCGCGUGACGGGCAUUCUUCGUCGCGUCAGCACUGAAGUCAUCAACGUUUGUCAGAACGUCAUCUCCAUCGACGACAUCUUCAACGGCCGCUGUCGCUCCUCCAUUCGAACGCUCGAGCAGUGCAUCGACUGUUCGAUGGCCUGGAAAAACAUCUACAAAAAGGCAUGGGAUUAUUUAGCUCAUACGGCGCGCGUCCACCACAAGAUGUCUGAGCAGGGCUGGGUGCUGGAUGUGACCACAAUAUUCGCCGAGCUCGACGCCUUCACGCAGCGCUGCAAGGACCUCAUCGAGAUCUGCAACAGUCAGAUGUACCUCAACAGGUUCGAGCCGGAUGGCAGCUCGGUUGAACGCUCGGUCCACUGGGCCUGGAUGGAGGACGGCGAGCAGGUGCCGCUGCCACUGUUCGCUGGAGCCCGCGGCCCGGAGAUCGCGCGCAGUAUGCAGGAGCUGGAGCGCGUGUUCUCCGCCUGUCUCAAGGACAUCGGCUCCAACAAGCAGAUCAUCUCCGACAACCGCUCCACUCAGUGGCUCAACGAGUUCAGAAAGUUCCGGAUGCGGGUCAAAGACGUCGAGGUGAUGCUCACCAACAUCAUCGAUUGGUCAUUCGAGACGGUGCGCACGGUGGAGGAGGGUGUGCUGCUGCUCUCCUGCUUCCGGCGCUACGCCAACCGAGAGAUGAUACGUCGCAUUUUCGACAUGAAGACGGUCCAGCAAGGCCUGACCAUGAUGUAUUCGCGCUGUUCGUCUGCUUUCUACUUGCUCGCUUGGACCUCAACACAGCUGGACUAA